AUGGACACAUUCCGCAUCCUGCUCGCAACCGACAACCACAUCGGGUACAACGAGCGUGACCCCAUCCGAGGUCAGGAUAGCAUAAAUACUUUCAAAGAGAUCCUCCAGCUCGCAGUUAAGAAUGAGGUAGACAUGAUCGUCCUUUCAGGUGACCUCUUUCAUGAGAACCGACCGAGCAGGGAUGUGCUAUACGAAGUCAUAGCGCUCCUCAGAGAGUACACGAUGGGCAGCAAGCCGGUCGAGUUUGAGCUACUGAGCGAUCCGGAUGAGGGCAAGGCAGACGGGUUCUCAUUCCCGGGCAUCAACUCGGAGGACCCGAACUUGAAUGUUGGUAUUCCGGUGUUAUCCAUACACGGCAACCACGACGACCCACAAGGCACAGGCCCGGCCGGUGCACUUUCAGCGAUGGACCUCCUCUCUGUGACAGGCCUGAUAAACUAUAUUGGCAAGUCUGACCUUCCGCACGCGGACGAGUCCGCCGAAACCGAUGGACUGCUUGUCAAGCCCGUCCUCCUGCGCAAGGGUACUUCCCACCUGGCAAUCUACGGGAUCGGGAAUGUCAAGGAUACUAGGAUGCACUACGAAUUACGGAGCAACAGGGUGAGGAUGUACAUGCCCGACGACGAGAGGGAAUGGUUCAACAUGCUGCUCAUUCAUCAAAAUCGGGUUAAGCACGGCCCCCAAGAGUCCGUCCCAGAAACGAUGUUUGACGAGCGGGUGGAUCUGGUGGUGUGGGGGCACGAGCACGAUUGCAGGAUCGUGCCCGAGCCUGUGGCAGGGAAGCCGUAUAUGAUUACCCAGCCUGGAUCUUCUGUCGCGACUUCCCUCGCGGAGGGAGAGUCACUUACAAAAUACGUCGCCUUGGUCGAGAUCUUGGAUGGGAAGUACGAGCUCACCCCUCUGGAGCUGCGUACCGUUCGGCCCUUCGUGAUGGAGACCGUUGCUCUGCAGGACGAGCUCCGUUCCAAAAACAUCGAGGUGGACGACCAAGCGGGCAUCACCAAAUUCCUCAAGCAACAAGCUGUGCAACUUAUCACACGUGCCAAUCGCGAGCGGGAGGAGAAGAACCGUCGAGCAGUGGAGAGGGGCGAAGAGCCGCUGGAAGCAAUGCUACCGCUUGUGAGGUUGAGGGUGGACACUACGGGCGUGCCGGGCAUGUCCAACCCGAUCCGGUUUGGACAGGAGUUUACGGGGAAGGUCGCGAACCCGAAGGAUAUGCUGGUGUUUAGUCGGCAGAAACAGGCUGCGGCAAAGAAGACCGUCGCAGAGGCACCGGAUCUAGACGACCUCAUCGAUCCCGACCUGCCGAACGCGGAGAAGUUCAGCCGGAUCCGCGUUUCUGCGCUUGUCAAUGAGUAUCUCAAAGCGCAGAGUUUGGAGCUGCUUGCGGAGAACGGGAUGAGUAAUGCGGUCAUGAAUUAUGUCGAUAAGGACGAUACGCAUUCGAUCUCUGAGAGUUGGAGGAGAAGCGGUUCGAGAAGGAACGUGCUGAGGAAGAAGAUGAAGAGGAGGAGGUUCUCCCUUUCCGGCUUGCUGCAGCGAAAGGCUAACUUUUUACAGAUGGCCCAGAAGGGGAAAGGGAAGAGCAAAGCUGUGGUUGACGACGAUGACGAUUUUAUGGACGUUGAUGGUGCCCACGCUGGUGCUGGAGACGAUGACGACUUUGAAGACGACGAGCCUCCGAAACCGGCUGCGAAGGGGAAAGGUCGAGCCGCUAGUGCAGCCGCUACGCAGAAAGCGGCUGGCGAAGCGAAGAGUAAACCCAAGUCGAAGGUGCAGAAACUGUUUGCAGAUUCUGACGAAGAUAUGGAAGAAGACUUUGUGCAGGAAAGCGAGCUGGAGGAGGAGGAAGAACCCCCUAAGCUGAAAGGGAAGAAACCGACGACAUCUCGUGCCUCGAUAUGGGAAAAGACGCCUGCGUCGGGUGCGAAAAAGGCUGCUGGGAGCUCCAAGGCCCAGUCUCAGCUGAGCUUUGCCCCUACGCAGACGACACAGCGGACUAGCAGAGCGGCAGCGAGCAAGGCGAGAGGGAGAUCGAGAUUAGUGACGAUGACUAGAUGA